CACUGGUGAAGAAGGAGCGGCAACAUUCAACAUGGCGGCGAACAGAGCAGGCAAGUCUCCUGUUGUUCUGUCGUCUGUUCCUCUCCAGCUCCUGCUCUACCUGACAGCUCUUUACUAUGUCUUCUACUUCCUCUCUACAUUCUGCAUGAUCAUCUACAAGAGUCGUGUGAUGAGCUACCCUGAUGACCUCCUAACCCAGGACGUAGGUCUGCUCUUCGUCAUGGCUUGUCUUGAGCUGUUCCGACUCUACUGUGGUGUGAGGGGUAACCUGCAGGAGACGGAGGGUUAUAUGUGGGCUAACCUGGCCAUGACGGUGGCUACGGCCCUGUUGUCCGUCUACUUCCUGGUAUGGCAGCUGUACGUGAUGCAUGCUGACGUCAUCAUCAACGCCAUACUGCUCAGUGUUUACGGACUGGGAGGGGUCCUAGGUCUGGCCACACUGGCUAGAUUCACCAGUGUCUACUCCUGACCCCAUCAAUUAUAGGUGCACUGACUGCACCUCCAGAAUUUCCUUCUAUUCCUUCACUACCAAACAUUCACUAACAAACCUUCACUACCAAACCUUCACUACCACUCCUUCACUACCAAACCUUCACUACCACUCCUUCACUAUCAAACCUUCACUACCAAACCUUCACUACCACUCCUUCACUACCAAACCUUCACUACCACUCCUUCACUACCAAACCUUCACUACCACUCCUUCACUACCAAACCUUCACUACCACUCCUUCACUACCAAACCUUCACUACCACUCCUUCACUACCGAACCUUCACUACCACUCCUUCACUACCAAACCUUCACUACCAACCCUUCACUACCACUCCUUCACUACCAAACCUUCAAUACCAAACCUUUACUACCAAACCUUCACUACCUCUCCUUCACUACCACUCCUUCACUACCACUCCUUCACUACCAAACCUUCACUACCACUUCUUCACUACCAAACCUUCACUACCAAACCUUCACUACCUCUCCUUCACUACCACUCCUUCACUACCAAACCUUCACUACCAAACCUUCACUACCAAACCCUCUGCUGCAACAUUGGAGAUGUCUGAGCAUCAAUGUGGGUGUUUGGUGCAUUCAGAAUGCUAGUGGUAUCCUGUCCCGGAGCUCUACAAUUCCUUUGACAAUUCCUUUGACCUCGUGGCUUGGUCUUUGCUAUGUCAACUGUAGGACCUUAUAUAUAGACAGGUGUGUUUCCAAAUCAUGUCCAAUCAAUUGAAUUUAUCACAGUUGGACUCCAAUCAAGUUGUUGAAACAUCUCAGGGAUGAUCAAUGGAAACAGGAUGCAACCUGAGGUCAAUGUUGAGUCUCAUAGCAACGGCUCUGAAUACUAAUGUAAAUAAGGUAUUUCAGUUUGAUUUGGGUUUUUUUGCCAAACAUUUAAAAAAAAAAAAAAAAAAAAAGUGUUUUUUGCUUUGUCAUGAUUGGGUAAUUGUGAUGUCAUUAUGGGGUAUUGUGAUGUCAUUAUGGGGUAUUGUGAUGUCAUUAUGGGGUAUUGUGAUGUCAUUAUUGGGUAAUUGUGUGUAGUAGAUUGAUGAGAGAGAGAAAAAAAAAAGUAAAAUAACAAAAAGUGGAAAAAAGUUGAGGGGUCUGAAUACUUUCCAUCACAUCUAUAGGCUACGUUGAAAUGGACAUACAAACAACAGCCAAUAUAGAAGAUGGACCUCCAGUGUCCGUCUAAGCGGUACGUUUGUAAUCAUUCAGCCGAUCCUAAAUCCCUCCCAACCCCUUCCCCUUGGCCCUAACUCUUCAAUGUUAACCCCCGAUUGGCCCUAACUCUUCAAUGUUAACCCCCGAUUGGCCCUAACUCUUCAACAAAUGCUGUGAAAAGUACAUUAAAUGUAAAAUACACAUCAAAUCAACAGUGUU